CCAGAUCCUGCCAGGCUUGAGAGGGGAUACCUGUUGAGGCCAUGGCUCUGUGUGCUCUCCCUGGGUGCUUCUCCAGUCUGUUCCCCCUGCUGCUUCUCCUCUGGAGCUCUCUGACCCCCAGCCAGGCUGCCCGGCCCAAGGGCCCUGGACACACGCACCUCAACUCCAUCCGCAUUGACGGGGACAUAUCCCUGGGGGGGCUGUUCCCCGUGCACGCCCGGGGCAACGAGGGCAAGGCCUGCGGGGAGCUGAAGAAGGAGAAGGGGAUCCACCGCCUAGAGGCUAUGUUGUUCGCCCUGGACCGCAUCAACAACGACCACUUCCUGCUUCCCAACAUCACGCUGGGGGCCCGCAUCCUGGACACCUGCUCCCGGGACACCCACGCACUGGAGCAGUCGCUCACCUUCGUCCAGGCGCUGAUCGAGAAGGACGGGACGGAGGUGAAGUGUGUGGGCGGCGGGGCGCCCCUCAUCACUAAGCCUGAGAGGGUUGUGGGUGUGGUCGGAGCCUCUUCCAGCUCCGUGUCCAUCAUGGUGGCCAACAUCCUGCGGCUGUUCAAGAUCCCUCAGGUGAGCUAUGCCUCCACAGCUCCAGAGCUGAGUGACAACACUCGCUACGACUUCUUCUCCCGCGUGGUCCCUCCAGACACGUAUCAGGCCCAGGCCAUGGUGGACAUCGUCAAGGCCAUGCGCUGGAACUACGUCUCCACGGUGGCGUCCGAGGGCAACUACGGCGAGAGCGGAGUGGACGCCUUCAUCCAGAAGUCCCGGGAGGACGGUGGUGUCUGCAUCUCUCAGUCCGUCAAGAUCCCACGCGAGCCGAAGGCAGGAGAAUUCGACAAGGUCAUCCGCCGUCUCAGAGAAAACCCCAACGCCAGGGUGGUCAUCAUAUUCGCCAACGAGGAUGACAUCAGGAGGUUACUACACGCAGCCAAGAAGGCGAACCAGACGGGUCACUUCAUCUGGGUGGGGUCGGACAGCUGGGGCUCCAAGAUCUCCCCCGUGCUGAACCAGGAGGAGAUGGCAGAGGGAGCCGUCACCAUCUUGCCCAAACGCCAGUCCAUCAGAGGGUUCGAUCGUUACUUCAUCAGCAGGACGCUGGAGAACAACAGGAGGAACAUCUGGUUCGCUGAGUUCUGGGAGAACAACUUCAGCUGCAAGCUCAGCAGGCACGCGGUGAAGAAGGGCUCAGGGCUGAAGAAGUGCACCAACCAGGAGCGGAUAGGGAAGGACUCGUCGUACGAGCAGGAGGGGAAGGUGCAGUUUGUGAUUGACGCGGUGUACUCCAUGGCCCAUGCCCUCCACAACAUGCACCGGGAGCAGUGUCCGGGCGCGGUGGGGCUCUGCCCCAGGAUGGACCCCAUCAACGGGACCCUGCUCCUCAAACACAUCAGACGCCUCAACUUCGCAGGCAUCGCUGGAAACCCUGUGUUCUUCAAUGAGAAUGGAGAUGCUCCAGGUCGCUACGAGAUCUACCAGUUCCAGAUGAGGAACCAGACAGCAGAGUACAAGAUCAUCGGACACUGGAUCGACCAGCUCCACCUCAACGUCCGGGCCAUGCACUGGCCAGGUAGGGUCCAGCAGGUGCCCUCGUCCACCUGCAGCCAGCCAUGCCAGGCGGGCGAGAGGAAGAAGACUGUGAAGGGUAUCCCCUGCUGCUGGCACUGCGAGCGCUGCGACGGCUACCAGUACCAGGCCGACACCUUCACCUGCAAGAUGUGCCGCUUCGACCUGCGGCCCAACCCCAACCACACGGCCUGCGUGUCCAUCCCCAUCGUCAAGCUAGAGUGGAGCUCUCCCUGGGCCGUGGUCCCCCUGCUCAUCGCCGUGGUGGGGAUCCUGGCCACCGUCUUCGUGGUGGUUACUUUCGUACGCUACAACGACACACCCAUCGUCAAGGCGUCCGGCCGUGAGCUGAGCUACGUCCUCCUGACGGGGAUCUUCCUGUGCUACGCCACCACCUUCCUCAUGAUCUCCGCUCCUGACGUGGGCAUCUGCUCGCUGCGCAGGAUCUUCCUGGGGCUGGGCAUGAGCAUCAGCUACGCCGCGCUGCUCACCAAGACCAACCGCAUCUACCGGAUCUUCGAGCAGGGCAGCAUGUCGGUCAGCGCCCCUCGCUUCAUCUCCCCUGCCUCCCAGCUCGUCAUCACCUUCAGCCUGACCUCGGUUCAGCUUCUGGGCGUGGUCAUCUGGUUCGGCGUGGACCCCUCCCAGGCCAUCAUCGACUACGAAGACCAGCGGACGUCCAACCCGGAGCAGGCUCGCGGCGUGCUGAAGUGCGACAUCUCUGACCUGUCUCUCAUCUGCCUGCUGGGCUACAGCAUGCUGCUCAUGGUCACCUGCACCGUCUAUGCCAUCAAGACCCGCGGCGUGCCCGAGACCUUCAACGAGGCCAAGCCCAUCGGCUUCACCAUGUACACCACCUGCAUUAUCUGGCUGGCCUUCAUCCCCAUCUUCUUCGGCACUUCGCAGUCCACCGAGAAGAUGUACAUCCAGACCACCACCCUGACCAUCUCCGUGAGCCUGAGUGCGUCCGUGUCUCUGGGCAUGCUCUACCUGCCCAAGGUGUACGUGGUCCUCCUGCACCCCGAGCAGAACGUGCCCAAGCGCACGCGGAGCCUCAAGGCCGUGGUCACCGCAGCAACCAUGUCCAACAAGUUCAACCCCAAGGCCAGCCUUCGCCCCAACGGAGAGGCCAAGACAGAGCUGUGUGAGAGUCUGGAGACUCAAGCCUUUGCUUCAAAGCAAACCUACAUCAGCUAUAGCAACCAUGCUAUCUAGAAGACGCCAUCAUCAUUUUCCUUCAGGAUUGGCACCUCACUAUGGACUGUUAUGAAAGAGAGAGAGAGUAAUCAGCGAUGAGGAUGACAGAGGUGUUCGCUACACAGACCACAGCAGACAGAUCGAACAGAACUGAUGAACCAGCAGAAGACCUCCUCUCAGGACCAGAUGCUGAAUAAUCCUGAAUUUCCAUCUUCCAUCAGCCAACACAAAACACCAACGCUGGUUUGUUGGAGGGGCGGGGCUCUCUAUAUGGGUUACCUUGGAGCUACGCUCUGUCGCCAUGACGUCUGUACCUUGGCGUAACGCAGCGACAAGCCACCAACGCCAGUAUGUGUUCAGGUGGGACGAAACGCUGGUUUUGUGAUGUGUGAUGAAUGUUGUUCUCGAAGCUUCGCAGAGACGUGGCAGGUGGACCAGAAGGACACAUCUGGAUUCUACUGAGAAGGAUUAAGGGCGGAUGGUCGUUUCUAAACAUGUUCCCAGAGAGAGAAAAAAUAUAAUCACUAAGAAAACGUUUCAUAAAAAAGAAAAUAGAAAACUGAAUGACCCCAUGAUUUGUUUCGUUCUUUUCCCCUCUUAAUGUCUUUAUUGAGUUGACAAAAAUGAAGAUGGCAACUAGGAAGAUUGGUCAUUCUUGAUUUUGAGCAUGCCAGUUUGAACAUCCUGUGUUGUGUUGUUAAAAGAAAAAAAUAGUCUUUGGAAUGCGUUCAAACUCCAUGUUGUUGCAGCUGUUUGGCCCAGAUUCUGUUGUACGUAAAAAUCUACCUGGUGAUGGUCUAGUGAGUGAUAUUUGUUUAUUUGUGCUCAAGUACGGCCACAUUAUGACCAGCAAGCAAAGCCUGUUACUGCCCUCUGCAUCUGUGCUUUCAUCCUGUGGGCCGUGGCUGGAAGCCUUAGAGGGUUUUAUUCUUUUCGUAGCCCAACAACCAUCUGUCCUCAUGGACUCUCCCUUCACUGCCAACAACCUCUCCCCUGUCUACAGCAGACAGGGGGAUCACAGCUCAUCUAUACUCCAGCAUACGCGCUCCAUCCAGGGUAUGUCAUACUGUUCUCACCCUGGCCGCCUACAGUAACGAUUGAACGUUGAUUAACCGAUCCACACCGGCUUAAUGCAGAAAAGGGAACUAUUAUAAUUGGAUCUUGAAUGUGUCGUGAAGGCAUUUGACUUCAUUUAUAAAGGAGGUGGGGGGGGGGGGGGAUAUAUGUGACUGAGAGUUUCCUGCCAGUCACCUUCGUCUGGCUGCUUGGGUCCAUGAGAGAGCUGCAGAGUGGAGGUCUCCCUCCUGUGUUCAG